AGAACACGGCAGGGCGGAGGAAAGUGCAGACAUAAUGAAGAAUGAACACAUGUCCUACCAUCUUCGACUUCUAAGCAGCCUGAAGGAUUUGCUUGCCUUGAGGAGAGGAAAUGGGGAAUGAAUGGAGAGGCAGCCAACAAAGGUAUCCUAUGUUAUUCGAGAUGAAGUGGAGAAGUACAACAGAAAUGGAGUCAAUGCCCUGCAGCUGGAUCCAGCACUGAACAGACUUUUCACGGCCGGUCGAGACUCAAUCAUAAGAAUAUGGAGUGUCAAUCAGCACAAGCAAGAUCCGUAUAUAGCAUCUAUGGAACACCAUACCGAUUGGGUAAACGACAUUGUACUUUGUUGUAAUGGGAAAACAUUAAUAUCUGCUUCUUCUGAUACGACAGUGAAAGUGUGGAAUGCACAUAAGGGAUUUUGCAUGUCAACACUAAGGACACAUAAGGAUUAUGUAAAGGCCUUAGCAUAUGCCAAGGAUAAAGAACUGGUAGCUUCAGCUGGGUUGGACAGACAAAUAUUCCUUUGGGAUGUGAAUACUUUAACAGCACUGACUGCCUCAAAUAACACUGUCACAACUUCAUCUUUAAGUGGGAACAAAGAUUCCAUUUAUAGCCUGGCAAUGAAUCAACUGGGAACAAUCAUUGUAUCAGGGUCCACUGAGAAGGUUUUAAGGGUAUGGGAUCCAAGAACGUGUGCAAAACUAAUGAAGCUGAAAGGACACACCGACAAUGUCAAAGCACUGCUGUUGAACAGAGAUGGCACACAGUGCCUUUCCGGCAGUUCUGAUGGGACCAUUCGCCUUUGGUCCCUUGGCCAGCAGAGAUGUAUAGCAACGUAUCGAGUCCAUGAUGAAGGUGUUUGGGCUCUGCAAGUCAAUGAUGCCUUCACACACGUGUAUUCUGGAGGAAGGGACAGAAAAAUUUACUGUACAGACCUAAGAAACCCUGACAUUCGGGUACUAAUUUGUGAAGAAAAAGCACCAGUUCUCAAGAUGGAGCUUGAUAGAUCAGCUGAUCCCCCUCCCGCAAUCUGGGUUGCCACGACUAAGUCUACAGUAAAUAAAUGGACCUUGAAGGGAAUUCAUAAUUUUAGAGCCUCUGGAGAUUAUGACAAUGACUGUACAAAUCCUAUAACACCACUUUGUACGCAGCCUGACCAGGUUAUUAAAGGGGGUGCGAGUAUUAUUCAGUGUCACAUUCUUAAUGAUAAGAGACAUAUAUUAACCAAAGAUACCAAUAAUAAUGUGGCAUAUUGGGAUGUAUUGAAGGCAUGUAAAGUUGAAGACCUGGGCAAAGUGGAUUUUGAAGAUGAAAUUAAGAAAAGAUUUAAGAUGGUAUAUGUGCCAAAUUGGUUCUCAGUAGACUUAAAAACAGGGAUGUUAACUAUUACUUUGGAUGAGAGUGAUUGUUUUGCUGCUUGGGUUUCUGCAAAAGAUGCUGGCUUCAGCAGCCCUGAUGGGUCAGAUCCAAAAUUGAACUUAGGAGGACUUUUACUCCAGGCACUGCUAGAAUAUUGGCCUAGAACACAUGUGAAUCCAAUGGAUGAAGAAGAAAAUGAAGUAAACCAUGUAAAUGGGGAGCAGGAGAACCGAGUACAGAAGGGAAAUGGAUAUUUUCAAGUGCCCCCUCACACCCCUGUGAUCUUCGGUGAAGCUGGAGGACGCACGCUGUUCAGGCUGCUCUGCCGAGACUCCGGGGGUGAGACUGAGUCGAUGCUUCUUAAUGAGACAGUGCCACAAUGGGUAAUUGACAUCACUGUGGAUAAAAAUAUGCCCAAAUUCAACAAAAUUCCUUUCUACCUCCAACCUCAUGCAUCUUCGGGAGCAAAAACAUUAAAAAAAGACAGACUCUCUGCUAGUGACAUGCUACAGGUCCGGAAAGUAAUGGAACACGUUUAUGAGAAAAUCAUCAACUUGGAUAAUGAGUCGCAAACCACUAGCUCUUCUAAUAAUGAAAAACCAGGAGAACAGGAAAAAGAAGAGGAUAUUGCUGUUUUGGCAGAGGAGAAAAUUGAACUUUUGUGCCAGGACCAGGUUUUAGAUCCAAACAUGGACCUCCGAACAGUGAAGCACUUCAUAUGGAAGAGUGGUGGUGACCUCACCCUCCAUUACCGUCAGAAGUCGACGUGAGGGGUGGGCGAGCACUCCUGGGUAUUCAUUUACUGACCUUCCUCCUUGGCCCCGAGAGUAGUCCUAGGAAGCCCACCGAGCCCCAGCGGGAGCACGACUUCUAACGGCCGAUUUGGUAUGGACCGAGAUUCUCUUUCAGUUGAAGUGACUAAUUGCGGUGUAAAAUAGAAACCAGUCUCCAUGUGUAGAUUAAGCUGUCCCCAGGGAGGCAGAGAGUGCGAGCAGAAAACCCCACAGACACACUGUGUCCUGUGAGAUGUACAGAGGACGGACGACAGGCCAGCACAGACUGGGCUUCUUCCUUUCGUUUCAAAGGACCUUAUCUUUGUCUGUUAGCACUUGUAGAGACACAUAGGUAGAGCCACAUCUGUCACUGUGUUUCCACUUCAAACCCACAUGCUCUGUAGCUUUUGUAAGAGAGUACAUUCCAUUCCUGCAGCACCUAUGAAGGCUUUUUCCAAGUCGGUCAUUAAAAACAAGUUAUUCUCACAUUUAAGACAGUUAUUUUUAAUAGGAAUUUGCUGUUGUACAAUUCCAGAGCCAGCCCAUUUCAUAAUAAAUUAUCCUUGUUGGGCUCGUUUUAAUAUUGCAUCUCAGAUGCGUUCUUUAGGAAGACCUGCGAAACUCUGGGAGCUGGCCCAUAGCACUUGGACCGCCAGACUGGAGUAUGCCCAGCGGCGCCCAGGGCUGCUGCGCCCCCACAGUGCCCCCGGCUGUGCGGCAGCCACGGGCAGGUGCCACGCCUUCCCUGCUCCUCCGCGUCCAGCUUUGUUGAGGGGCCAAGCUACGUGACAUCACAGGUUCGCGCUUUGGGUGAGCAGCACAACACCAUCGAAACUUAAGACCAUGAGGAGAAAAGAAAAGGAAAAAAAAAAACCACAAGGAGAUACUCACUUCAUUUAAAUGCUACCUAAAAUUUAUGGUGUCAGAGAAGGAAGGGUAUCCUAGUGAGUUAAUUUGAUAUUCCCCUCCUGGAAGUAUACAUACUUGUUUUCACCAGAGUUUUAUAUGCAGGUUUUUGUUGUGGUACCUGUAUCCAGAGUUCUUUUCGUUGUUCUUUCUAACAAUCUGAAGCUUUCAUAGAAUCAUUUGAGUCUUGUACAGAAUAUAACUUAUUGGGGAUAAACACUUCAACUUUUGGCAGAAGAAAAUACUUUGGAUUCUCCCCAGGGUCCUUUGUAUUCAGAAUAGAACAGUGGUCCAGCCCCGUACAACUACGGAAGACAAGCCUCCUGUUUAAAGCCAGAAGCACAAGUGCCUUCAGAGGGCAGUUUAUUCCAGUCCAGUUGCCUCCCCAGCUCGCGUGCGGUCUGUCCCCACAACAGCAGGGACUGGGGAGGGGCCGGAAAGGGUUGUUUUCUUUUCUACAUCUUGACAGGUUCAGCGGGAAGCAGCUGAUGGGCCUAAGUCCAGACCUUUCUAUUUGAGAUAUUCUUACCUGCACAACUGUAGAGACAGGGUUCCCUCACUGCUGGUCAGCUUCCUUUGGAAAGUGGACAAGUCACUGCCUCCAGCACUUUGAAGAAGUGAGCAGAGACAUGCCACAUUUCCAAUGAGUUUUUCUCCCUUACACAGAGAGCAACCGGCUUCUUUUUUUAAAAAGUCCUUUCUAUCUGUUGGAUACAACAGUGUGCUUUUGGUGCACAUUUUUUAGCAAUAGUUGUGAAUUAAAGGCAAAAACAAACCCCACAACUCACUUAGCCCUCUGCUGUGUUUGCAGGAGGGGCCCUUGGGGUAAAGGAAUAGGUUUCACUGGGCCAUUUGGCCCCAUGGGCCGAGACUUGAGGGGUGGCUGCACUCCCUUCCUGUCACAGAUCUGACCCUCAGCAUGCUUCUACUUUUUUUCCUUCCAGUCAAACCAGUAACAGUUUCCAGAAAAUCUGACAGUCUGCAAUGCCAAAAGGGUAAAAAUAUGUAUUUCACAGUUGUAUAGAAUAAAGGCUUUAGUUACA